CUUUAUUAUCUUGCCCCGCCAGAUUCCACGUCAGUAACGGCUCCCAUGAUGAUCCCAUCCCAUCCCAGUGCUGCAGUCGGAGCCCAAAACCCAGACGCAACCCACCCGCUUGUGUGUCCUCUCCUCUCCGUCCUGGACUCGCGCCUCGCUUCCUCCCUCCCAACCCCACCCGCUGAAGCUUCUAGGAGCUCCUCGGCUCGGCUGACCCCGAGCUAACGAGCUCACCGGCGGGCAGGAGGAUGCUGGCGGCGUCCACCAAGGUCGGCUCUAGGCUGGCCUCUCCGCACGCCUCCUCGUCCGCCAGUGCUGCUGCUGCUGUGGCGACGGCGCUGGCGAGCUCCCCCGUGCUGGGCUCUGGGUCUGGGGUGCUCUCAGGCGCCGGGUUCGGCGAGACGGGGAGUCAUCACGCGGCGGACGCGCCGCCGCCUUGCAGUUCCUCGGGCGAUUCAAGGGAAUAUUGUCAGUGGAAGAGACUGGUGAAUCAAAGGCAGUCAACGCUACAAGGAGGCAAAGUGACUGCUGCAUUGGGCGAUCAUGUUUCUGGCGCACGCUGUUCCUCGUGGAGUCAACAUAUUAACAGAUACUUUUCAUCUUCUUCUCAUCAAGGGAGGAUAUGGGCCGGGAGCAAGUAUGUAAAAAUUGUGGAAGUAGGGCCACGGGAUGGUUUACAGAAUGAAAAGGACAUUGUACCAACACCUGUAAAGGUUGAGCUUAUACGAAGAUUGGCCACAUCCGGAUUACCUGUGGUGGAGGCAACAAGUUUUGUAUCUCCAAAAUGGGUACCUCAGUUAGCUGAUGCGAAGGAUGUUAUGGAAGCAGUUCGGAUUAUUGAGGGUGUGCGUCUUCCUGUAUUGACCCCAAACCUUAAGGGAUUUGAGGCAGCUAUUGCAGCAGGGGCAAAAGAAAUCGCAAUAUUUGCAUCAGCUUCUGAAGGAUUUUCCAAGUCAAACAUAAACUGCACCAUCAAAGAGAGCAUUGCCCGUUAUAAUGAUGUUGCUCUUGCUGCAAAAGAGAAAGAAAUUCCUGUCCGAGGGUAUGUGUCUUGUGUGGUUGGAUGCCCAGUAGAUGGACCAGUACCACCUUCAAACGUAGCUUAUGUAGCGAAAGAACUUUAUGACAUGGGCUGCUAUGAAGUUUCACUUGGUGAUACCAUUGGAGUCGGUACUCCAGGUACCGUGGCUCCAAUGCUUGAGGCAGCCAUGUCCGUCGUUCCCGUGGAGAAGCUUGCUGUCCACUUCCACGACACCUACGGCCAGUCCCUCUCAAAUAUUCUCAUCUCUCUCCAGAUGGGAGUCAACGUUGUGGACUCCUCUGUCGCUGGCCUCGGUGGCUGCCCGUACGCAAAGGGUGCGUCAGGGAACGUGGCGACGGAGGAUGUAGUGUACAUGCUCAAAGGGCUGGGCAUCAAGACGGGCGUCGACCUGGGCAAGGUGAUGGCCGCCGGCGAGUUUAUCUGCAAGCACCUGGGACGCCAGUCUGGGUCCAAGGCAGCGACCGCUCUGAGCAAAGUUACUGCAAACGCCUCGAAACUCUGACGCUAGACUAAUUUACCAUGAUCCCCUACUGCAGAUAUUUGCAGUAAAAUUAGCGCAAGGUAAUAAAUACACUGAGGCUAUUCAAGACAGCAGCAAAUAAAUACAGCAAUUUGAUUCUGCCCUCA